AUGGGUAGUGAACAAUCAUCUUUAGCUGAUUCAUUUGAUUCAGCUAAUAUAUCAAUUAAUCGUUACAAUCGAAAUCGUCGACAAAAAUUUUAUUCUAUACCAACAAGAAGACAUUAUUCAUUAUCAAAUGUUAAAUAUCAACAACGUUUUGAUGAUAAUCUAUCAACAAUAUCAACUAAGUUUUCGACAGAUUCACUAUCGACAAAUAUUGGUUAUAGUAAAUUUACUAUACCUGAAGAAUUUCCAGUAGAACAAUUAUAUGAUAUUUAUAUGCAAAAACAUGCUUUGGAUGAUUUGGCUUUUGCUAUUGAAUUUAAAAGUAUUCCCAAUUUUGAGGAAUUACCAUGUACAGCUGCAACUCGAGCAAUUGUUUCAUCAAAAAAUCGUUUUCUUAAUAUUUUACCUAUUGAUGCUACACGAGUUAUUCUUAGUCUAUUAAAUGAUGAUCCAGCUACAGAUUAUAUCAAUGGAAAUUAUAUUUCGGGUUAUAAAUGUCCCAAUAAAUUUAUUGCAACACAAGGUCCAAAAUCUGAUACAUGUGAAGAUUUAUGGCGUAUGAUAUGGGAACUUAAAAUAAAAUCUGUUGUUAUGUUAACAAAUGUUAUUGAAGGUGCAUCACGAAUGACAAAAUGCCAUCAAUAUUGGCCUGAACUUGAUCAAACAAUAACUUAUGGUUCAUAUCGUGUAACUUGUGUUGAUGUAAUAUCAAUAGGUGAUUAUGAUAAACGUUAUUUUCAAUUAGCUAAAAUAAAUACGAACGGAGAUAUAUCUUCACCAUCAUCAAUUGUUCCUAUUGAUGAUGCUGUAUCUUUAUCAACAAUAAGUUCAAUUAAUGAUGAUCAACAAUCACGUCUUGUUAUUCAAUAUCAUUAUACUCAAUGGAAAGAUAUGGAUGUUCCAAGUGAUUCUCAUACAUUACUUCAUUUAAUACAUGAAGUCAAUGAACAAACAAAUCCUGAACAAUAUCCUAUUGUUGUUCAUUGCACAGCUGGAGUUGGUCGUACAGGUACUUAUAUUGCAAUAGAUGCAAUGAUUGAUAAAAUAAAACAAGAAGGAAAAAUUAAUAUAUAUAAUUUUGUAUUACAAAUGCGACGUGAACGUAGUUUAAUGGUACAAACAGUGAGACAAUAUGUAUUUAUAUAUCGAUCAUUACUUGAAUAUUAUCUAUAUGGAAAUACAAGAAUUGAAGCAAAUAAAUUUCGAUCAACAUAUACAAAUUUAAAAAAACAUAAACAAAAUUUAUUAAUUUUAGAAUAUAAUAAAUUAUCAUUAUUACCUGUUGAAAAUGUUUCACAACGUGAUGCUUAUUUAGCGGAUAAUAUUGAUAAAAAUCGUCAUCCACAAAUAGUACCUUAUGAUCGUAAUCGUGUUUGUUUAAGUCGUAUACUCGGACAUCCAUACAUCAAUGGAUCAUUUAUUGAAGGUUAUUCUCAUGAAUGUUCAUUUAUUAUAACUCAAGAUCCAUUAUCAGAAACAAUUCAUGAAUUUUGGCGAAUGUUUAUUGAACAUGAUUCAAAUUGUAUUGUACAAUUACAUACAAUAACUGAUUCAUCUCCAAAAUGUCCAAUUUAUUAUCCAAAUGAUUUUGAUACAACAAUGAAAAUUGGUUCAACAACAUUAUUAAAAUUAAUACAAAAAGACGUAAUACAAGAAAAAAUGAUUAUAAGAGAAUUUUGUUUAACAGAUACACGUGAAGCAUUAUCAAAAACAAUUUAUCAUUUUGAAUAUCUUCUUCCUAUAAGUGCAAAUGAUGAAUUUGAGAAUGGACAAUGUUUACCAAGUAUUUUAACAAAUAGUUUAUUUGAUUUUAUUGGUUAUAUUAAUAAACGACAACAUACAACUAAUCAUGAUCGAUAUAUUACUGUUCAUUCCGGAAAUGGUGGUCCAUCUUGUUCAAUAUUUUGUAUGUGUGUUAUGCUAUUGGAUCAAUUGAAGAAUGAACAUGCUGUUGACAUAUUUCAACGUGUACGUGCCUUACAACGACAACGCGUUGCAAUGAUAACAUCUCUUGCUCAAUAUGAAUAUCUUUAUGAAAUGAUAUUAAAAUUUUUGGAAGAAUCUUUUGAUCUUGCCGCAGCUAAAUCUUCUCCGUCAUUAAACAACAGUGUGUAUGAUAAUAAUAUGAUUGAUCAAGAAGAUAUUCAUGAUCGCCUUUAG